CUCCUGUGAUAAAUCUCUUCUGAGAGUGAAAGUUAUCAUGGUCAAUUCAAGCCAGAUUCCAUAUUUCAUACUGACUGCCUACCUGGACAUGGGCUAUCUGAAGUACUUAUAUUUUGUGAUUGUUUUGAUGCUGUACAUUGUGAUUGUGGUUGCAAAUGCUUUUCUCAUUGUAACUAUUUGUAUGAAGAGGAGCCUACAUGAGCCUAUGUAUGUGUUUCUGUGUAGCCUGUUGGUUAAUCAGCUGUAUGGUAGUGCUGGUCUAUUUCCAUUCCUCCUGCUGCAGAUCACCUCAGACAGUCACACCAUAUCUAGAUCCAUGUGUUUCCUUCAGAUCUACUGCUUGUACACGUAUGCAUCGGUGGAGUUUUGUAACCUGGCUGUGAUGUCCUAUGAUAGGUACCUUGCUAUCUGCUGUCCUCUGCAUUAUAAGGCUCGGCUGACCUCUAACAAGGUGGCUCUGUUGAUCGCUCUCGUAUGGCUGUACUCUUUUAUCAAGUUCCUAAUAACUCUUUGUCUGAAUCUCCGUCUAAAGCUCUGUGGGAAUGUCAUAGACCGGCUAUUUUGCUUCAACUACGAUGUUGUCUUGCUGGCGUGUUCUGAUACCACACUAAAUAAUAUCUAUGGGCUUUAUGGAAUAUUUCUGAGUGUAUUAGUUCCUCUCAUCCCCAUCCUGUUCUCCUACACCAAGAUCCUCAGGGUUUGUGUUGUUGGUUCUAAAGAGACCAGACAGAAAGCAGUCAGUACCUGCACCCCCCACAUCGCCUCCCUGAUCAAUUUCUCUUUUGGGUGUUGUUUUGAAAUAUUUCAGAGUAGAUUCAAUGUGACAAGUGUUCCCAGGAUAAUACGUAUUGUUUUAUCGCUGUACUUGGUAACCAUCCAAGGACUCUUUAACCCUAUUAUUUAUGGACUGAGGUUAUCGAAAAUAAGACAGAUCUGUGGCAAUCACUUUUGCUCUAAGAAGGUAUUGUUAUAAUUUUUUACUAACUUCAAAUAUACUGAUAUGAAUGAUAUUUAAUGUGAAUCUACCUAUUUGUGCAUGAUCUGUCAUUUUCUAGUUUUAUUAUUUGCACGUAACAUUAUGUCUAUAAAUUCCCCUCAAAAGUUGUUGUGGGUCGUAUUUAAAAGUUAGAGAGCACAAGAGGGCGUGGUUUAGAAAGAAUGAAAUGCAAAAAAAAAUAUUAUUUUCUGCGCGAUUUAGAAGUGUUGCAAUCACACACAUGUGGUGGAGUUAUGAUAAGGCUGUGUGCACAAACGUGAUGGACAGGCAGGUUGGAUCCCCCUAACCAAUCGGGAAU